UUUCUAUCUCUUCUCUCUCUCUCUCUCUCACACACACACAAAGAUCCUUUUCUUUUUUUAGAAAAGACUUAUAAAAUCUUUUGAGAUUUUAAAUCUGAUAAAAUCUCUUUAAACCUAAAAGUGAUCAAUUAAUGAAGAUGCGAAACAGCCCUUUUAAUGGGGCUAGUGGGUACAGUAGUGGCUUAAGAGCUCAUAACUUAACGUUCAAGAAAGUUGUGAAGAAAGUGAUGAGAAAUCAGACAAAUAAUCAAUUCAUGCUUCAGAUGGAGAACAUGCUCAGAAGAAUUGUUCGAGAGGAGUUUGAUCGUCUUAGUCAACCCCAUCUCUCUUCGUCGUUGUCCCCAAUCGAGCGAUCGCGUUCGGAAACGCCGUCGACGCGUUCAAGAUUCAAGCUGCGUUUCAUAAACUCUCCACCGCCGUCGAUAUUCACUGGAGCCAAGGUCGAAGCCGAGAACGGUUCUCCGGUAGCGGUCGAGCUCGUGGACGCCGUCACGAACGUUCGAGUCUCCUCGGGACCGCUCUCGUCUUCUCGCGUCGAGAUCGUGCCGCUAAACGCUGAUUUCACUGAGGAAAGCUGGAGCGUUGACGUGUUCAAACGGUAUAUUCUCAAGCAACGCGAAGGUAAACGCCCGUUACUUACCGGAGAUUUAACGUUGACGCUUAAAAACGGCGUCGGAGUGAUCGCCGGAGUCGUCGCUUUCACGGAUAAUUCGAGUUGGAUGAGGAGUAAGAAGUUCCGGUUAGGUGCUAGGUUAACCGGUGGUGGAGCCGUGGAGGCAAGAAGUGAAGCCUUUAAGUGUAAAGACCAACGAGGAGAAUCUUAUAGAAAACAUCACCCUCCGUAUCCCGGUGAUGAGGUUUGGAGACUAGAGAAAAUCGCGAAAGAUGGCGUUUUGGCGGUGCGUUUGGGUGAAUGGAAGAUUAAUACUGUCAAGGAUUUCCGCCGUUGGUAUGCGAUAGAUCCAAAUGCGUUAUGCAAUAAACUUGGAGGGGUCUCAAAGAGAACAUGGGAAGCAAUUGUAUUUCACGCGAUGCAAUGCGUUUUGGACGAAACAGAGUAUUAUACCUACGACUCAACCGCUCAUGACGUAUCACUUAGAUUCAACUCUGUGUAUGAAGUGACCAAAGUGUUUAGUGGCGGUGCGGUUCGAGACGCCGAUCAGAUACCUAGAUAUCAGCUGGACCAAUAUAAGUGCGAUGCUUAUCAAAACCUUGACCGCUUUAGAGACGGUAGGACCUUUGGGGAUUAUCCACAAAGGUCCUUACAAUGCCCGCCACCAAAUCCUGGAUUUGGCAUUGCAUGUCCUGGACUGCACCACCUCGACAUUCAAGGAAUUUCUGAUCCAUCAGAGUCUUCGAGGUCUCUUUACUUCACAGCUGCAAGCUCCACGGUCCAACCCGAAAUGAUUAUGAGUUUCGAUAACUCACCAACCACAACGUUUCAUAUCGACGGAAAAUUCUUACAGAGAAACAGCUUCAGGGUAAGUGAACACGAUCCGGUGCACGGCGAAUCACAAACUGUGAUGACAAGAGGUUAUAAUGUCGAGAAUGACGGCGCUUUUGCUUAUGAUCAGUAUCAGGACAUGGCCUCGAACUGGUCACCUGGUAUGAUGCAUUUUGCGGAACAAGAGUUUGACAGUUUGUGUGUUAGCGUGUCUGGCACGGAAGAAGCUGGAAUGUUUGAUGUUCGUAUUGCAAAUAUUGUUGGGUCUCCGAGAGCUAGGUGGUGUAAGGUUAAGGCAGCUUUUAAGCUCCGAGAAGUUUGGAGACACACAACUGCCAGAAAACGAGGGAAGGCUUGUAAGAAACCUUGCCUGCUGUAUUAGAUCCAGACGUUUCUUUUGGUGCACGAAAGUUGUGUGUGUGUGGAUAUAUGAAAUAUGUAUUUAUGUUUGUAUUUUUUCCUUUUGAUGGAAAAAUAGGGUUAGAUAGAUGGAUCCCGGCCACUGACUGUUUCAAAUGGUUUUAUAAGUUACGGGGAUUAGUCUUUGUGUAUAUACCAUGUUUGAUAUUUAUCACCAAAUCUGUCUACA